UUGUCUUUGAUGCGUUCUCGUUUUAAGGUCUUUCAUUAUUGGAAACCUGCAAUUCUGCAUGAAAAGGCGAAAGCUUCCAACAUAUUUUCUGCUUCGAACUGAAGUUUUGCUGCAGAGAUCGAAUUCAGUGUCGCUUCGUUUAAUCGUUUUCGUUUUGUUAAACUAACCUCGAACUGAAAUUUUUUUUUUGGUUGGCUUCUUAUUAUUUUUAUUUUUUUUCUAAACAUUAGCUAGCUUAGGUUCGAGAGAGCUUGUAAGUCUUGACUCCACUGUCGCAGAACUUAUUUGAAUCUCUUCAUCAAAUUCUGUUUCUUUCUUUAGCUGAAUUCUUUGGACGAAGAAAUCGUUGAAUUACUAGUUCCAUUUCGUUCAGUUGAUCAGUUGUAAACGAUUAAAAAUUUCCAAAUAUUCUUAUCUUCAAACUUGACGGACAAGUAGAUAACAUCACAAAUAAUUUCCCUUUCCAUAUUAAAAAACAGAUAAAUAAUACGAUAACACUUCAAUUUAGAGUUUGCGUCAACUUUGAUCUCUCUUUUGUUUCGUGUCUCCAUUUAUGAAGCCUGAUCCACUUCACUUGUCUUUUCUCUUGAAAAUCUACUCGGAAGUCCGAGAAAAUCUCAACAACUGUGUUUGCCUAAAAAUCCUAAACGUUCAAUAAAGAUCAAAGAAAAAGAAGAAAACAACAACUGAUUGCAAUUCUAGCAGGCUAGGUGAUUCCAGCAGCUUUUUAAGGUGUUAGGUGAGGUUACUGUAUGACAAUGAGACAGAAUAGACUUCAUGCUGCUAUGGAAGAGAAACAGCAAAUUCAAGAGUUCCGUUUCGGAGAAAAGACGAACAGAAGAAGAACGAGGACGAUGUCUGUUGCUGCUUCAGAUCAGGAGGAAGAAAUAGAAGAGGGAAAGGGCAAGGAGCAGGUUGUAGAUCUCGAUCAUGGCGACCCAACUGUUUAUGAACAAUUUUGGCAAAAGAUGGGAGAUAGAAGUACAAUUGUUAUUUCUGGGUGGCAAUCAAUGAGCUAUCUUUCCGAUGUUGGAAAUAUUUGUUGGUUCCUAGAGCCUGAGUUUACCAAACAGGUUAGACGAUUACACCAGUCAGUGGGAAAUGCUGUAACAGAAGAUCGUCAUAUUGUGGUGGGGACAGGUUCCACACAGCUCUUUCAGGCGGCACUUUAUGCUCUUUCUCCACCAGAUGCAUUUGAACCCAUCAGCGUUGUGUCCGCUAUUCCUUACUACUCGUCGUACCCUUCAAUUACAGACUACUUGAAAUCAGGGCUUUAUAAAUGGGCUGGUGAUGCUUAUACUUUGAAAGGAGAUGAGCCUUACAUAGAGCUUGUUACUUCCCCAAACAAUCCUGAUGGUUCUAUCAGGCAAGCUGUGGUUAAUCGCGAUGGAGGGACAGUGAUUCAUGACCUUGCUUACUAUUGGCCACAAUAUACUCCAAUUACAUGUCUUGCAGAUCAUGAUCUCAUGCUUUUCACCAUCUCCAAAUGCACCGGCCAUGCAGGGAUACGAAUUGGAUGGGCUCUUGUUAAGGAUAAGGAGGUGGCAAGAAAGAUGACUAAAUUCAUAGAGCUGAAUACCAUAGGUGUAUCAAAGGAUUCGCAGCUCCGAGCAGCAAAAAUCCUGCAAGUGGUAUCGCAUAGUUGUGAGCAGUUGGGCUACCCUGAAGACUCAGAGAGCUUUUUCAAGUAUGCUAGCCGUCUCAUGGCUGAUAGAUGGGACCGGUUGAGAGAUGCAGUCAGCCAAAGUGGGCUCUUCAGUCUGCCUGAGUUCAUGCCAGAGUCUUGCAAUUACGCUGGCGAGAUGACUACACCGCAUCCUGCUUUUGCUUGGCUGAAAUGCGAGGGGGGCAUAGAAGAUUGUGAGAACUUUCUAAGGGGCUAUAAUAUCUUAACAAGAACUGGGAAGCAUUUUGGUGCUCAAGGAAAUUAUGUUAGAGUUAGCAUGUUGGAUCGAGAGGAGACGUUUGACAUGUUUAUAGAGAGGCUAUCAAAUAUCCGGUUAUAACAGCAGCCCUUGUUCAAAUGGUGAGGCGUUCUAUCUAUGUUCAUGGAGAAGGAAAAUCAAUUCAUACAUGUGUCUGUGUGAUGGUGGUUUGUUUUGUGGUCUCGGCUAGAGAACUUCCUUUGUUUUUCUUAGUUACUUUGUUCUUCAGCAUUUCAAUUUUAUUAUCAGGUCUAAAUUCUAUCCUCCUGGUUAAUUUUC